CUCCUUUUGAGCCUUUAGCCAUUUGUAAAUCGAGGCAGAAGGGUUGAAGAAGAUGGCGGGUGUGGGGGAAAGAGGCAGUAAUUCUCCUUCCCCUGUCCAUACACCUGACCGCUUUGAAGAGGGAUCGGAAAAAGACGAUCUGGUGAAAGAGCUUGACAACAUCCAGAACAUCAUUCACUUCACCAAGAAGCACAUAGAUGACCUCAACUCAAGAUUCGCCGGCUUCCAGCACCCACCAUCGCUCUAUCUAACAGAGUACACGGAGCUGACGGGGAAGCUGCACCGAUUUGAGGCCAAGGAGCAGGAGAUUCUGGAGCUGCUGAGUCUGAGUGGUCCCAGCGAACACUCCACGCAGACCAACGGCUGCCACGACGACCACUCCGACGCACACCACGCACCCUCCGACGACACCGACUCAGGCUUCCACGCACCCUCGCAGAGCACAAGCAGCAAUGGUGUGUGCGAAGAGGUUACCCGGUCCACACCCCAGUCACCCCUCCGGUCCGUGGUCCGGGCGCACCUCCCCAACAAGCAGCGUACCACAGUCCCAGUGCAGCCUGGUCGAACCCUCAAGGAUGCGCUGGCCAAGGCCCUCAACCUGCGGAAACUGUCACCUGAUGUCUGCAUUGUGUACCGGAAAACUAAUCCUAAGGUGAGGAUGUCGUGGGACUCGGACAUUGCACUGCUGGAGGGGGAGGAGAUUGUGGUGGAGGUGCUGGAGAAGUUCCCAGUCACCACUUCAAUAUCCCAUAACUUUAUUAGGAGAACAUUCUUUUCCCUGGCCUUCUGUGAUAACUGCCGCAGACUCCUCUUCCACGGGUUUGUCUGCCGCACGUGUGGGUAUCGUUUUCACCAGCGAUGUUCCGUAGGGGUGCCGACUCUGUGCCAGCAGGACCAACGGAUCACUAACAACAUAUACCAGCAUCCUUCCUCCCACAGCCUGCUAGCGUCCCACUCCGACAACCCAGCGGGGAUCUUGGCCUCCACAGGGUACGGUGUGAACCCCAGCAGCCACUCCAACCUCAUCAGCUCAUAUGGGGGUGCCUAUGGUGUGCACUACAUUGUGGGUUACCGAGGUCAGUAUCCCAGCCACUACACUGGUGGUGGCGCGGCAGGGCAGGUCCCCCCCUCCGCGCCCAGGCCCGCCCCAGCACCAUUGGCCCCCCGCGAUCGCUCCUCCUCUGCUCCCAACGUAUGCAUCAACUUGGUCAACUCAAACAUCCCCUCGGAUGCUGCCUCCCUCGCUGAAUUUGCUCACAGGAUGGGCAGGAACUAUAACCCCACCAGUCCAGACCUCCACUUCUUUGGCUCCUCCACCUUCUACAACAUGCAUGAUGAGAGCAGGGUGGCCUACAGCCCCCUCACCCACAACGCCAACCUAGCCAUGCACCCCGCAGGGUACCCUGGCACGGGGGUACUGGCCCCGCCCCCUCCCACCAGCCCCACCAGCAGCCCCACCCGGCCAGUGCAGGGGUCCCAUUCAGCCCAGGCCUCUCCCACCAACACCCUGAAGGCGGUGCGGCCACGGGCACGCUCAGCUGAUGAAUCUGUCUCAGGCAAGAAGGUGCGGCAGUCCUCCAAAGAUACGGUGGAGGACUGGGAAAUCCCCGUAGAUGAAAUCCUAAUUGGUUCUCGCAUUGGGUCAGGCUCCUUUGGGACGGUCUACCGGGGACACUGGCACGGUCCGGUGGCGGUCAAAACUCUCAACGUGCGGGACCCAACACCAGCGCAGUACUCAGCGUUCAAAAAUGAAGUGUCAGUCCUUAAGAAAACAAGGCAUGUAAAUAUUCUGCUAUUUAUGGGGUGUGUGAAGACUCAGCAGCUGGCCAUCGUGACCCAGUGGUGUGAGGGAUCCAGCCUCUACAAACACCUCCACGUGCAGGAGACCAAAUUUGAGCUUAUGCGAAUUACAGACAUAGCGCGGCAAACCUCUCAAGGCAUGGAUUAUCUCCACGCCAAGAACAUUAUCCAUCGAGACCUCAAGUCCAACAAUAUAUUCCUUCACGACGACUACACUGUCAAGAUUGGAGACUUUGGGCUGGCCACUGUCAAGGGCGGCAGGUGGAUACAGGAGAGUCAGGGGGGCCGACAAAUCCAGCAGCCAUCAGGAUCAAUACUCUGGAUGGCCCCUGAGGUGAUCCGCAUGCAGGAUGAGAACCCCUACACCUCCCAAAGUGAUGUGUAUGCGUUUGGUAUUGUCCUGUAUGAGCUGUUCUCCGGGUGUCUCCCUUACUCACACAUCAACAACAAGGACCAGAUCCUGUUUAUGGUGGGGCGGGGUUACCUGCGGCCAGACACCACCCACCUUCGCUCCGACAUGCCCAAGCCCAUUCGUCGCCUUUAUGAAGACUGCAUCAAGUACAACAGAGAUGAUCGGCCUCUAUUUCCUCAGAUCCUGGCCAACAUUGAGUCUUUGGUGCGUUCUCUACCCAAGAUCCACCGUUCCGCCAGCGAGCCCACCCUCACCCGUACCCAACUCAACACAGAUGAUAUGAUGUACCUCUGUGCCUCACCCAAGACGCCCAUCAACUCUGGGGCAUUUCUCUUCUCCACUGCUGGCAAUAUUUAGGCAGGCAGGAUCGGAGAUAGAGAGAGUGAGAGAGUGAGAGUGAGUCAGGAAUCUGUUUUAAGUCCUCUCUCCUUCCUUCCUUUCUUCCUUCUUUCCCCUGUUCCCUGUUUCUUCCUUCUUCUUCCGUCUUCUUCUUUUCCUCUGUCUCCUUUCUUGUCCGUCUCCUCCUCCUCCUCCUCCUCCUCCUCCUCCUCCUCCUCCUCCUCCUCCUCCUCCUCCUCCUCCUCCUCCUCCUCCUCUUCUCCAUAAAAAAGUAUUCCAUUUAGAGCGACCUAUUCAUGAUUUCCGACACCCAUCCCAUCCCAUCCCAUCCCAUUUCCCAUCCUUUCCCAUCAAUUGAACUGGAGCCAGAACCUUUUUUUCCAUCCCCCAUCUCCUUCCCUUUCUUUUUUUUCCGUCCCUUCGUUCUCCCGUUCUCUUUUCCUCGUUAUCGAUCUGUUUCUGUUGUUUUUUUUUUGUUUUUUUUUUUUGUUUUUUUUUUACCUGCCCCAUCUCAUCUGCUGGGGCUCCUGUUGUCGUCUUGAUUGUAGCCACAAGAUCCAGUCCACCUCGAUUCUCGCCACCACAGGAACACUUGCAUCACCAGGUCCUUGCUAAGCCACCUCCUCCCUCAGUUCAAUCACCAUCAGCGCUGUUUGUCGUCCACCCACAGCAGUGUAACUCAAUCUGACACCUCUGCUUGGCUCACAGCGAAUGGAUGCGCUGUCUUGCCAAGUGAGUGAAAGGCUGGUGUAUUACAUCAGAAGUUAAGGAAGUUAUUGGGCGUUCUUGCAGUCCUGGCAGUCAGUCUUACCCCGUCUUACCCCUCCCUGAGCUCUGUCCCUCCUUGUGUCAGUUGAGCCGACAUGCUGCCUGGCCCCGGGCUGUGAGUGAAGUCUGCGUUUGUCAUGUUUCAUUUUUUUCGUUGCUCAAAUCUUUGUAGUCGCAUUGGACAAACAUUGACGUGAGGUUCUGUUGCAGGUCUCGAUGUGUUUUUUUUUUAUUAAUAAUGAUAAUAUUUUUGUUAUUAUUAUUAUUAUUAUUAUUAUUUAAUUAUGAUUUAAUUAUUAUUAUUAUUAUUAUUAUAUAAUUAUUAUUAUUAUUUUUAACUUGCCUGGCUGCUGCUGCUGCUGCCAUUGCUGGUGUGUGUGUGUGUGUGUGUGUGUGUGUGUGUGUGUGUGUGUGUGUGUGUGUGUGUGUGUGUGUGUGUGUGUGUGUGUGUGCUGAUAUGAGUGUGUGUGUGUGUAUGUAUGUGUGUGUUAAGACUGCAGCAUCACGCCACCACCACAUUCUGACAUUGUCUCUGUACUUGUCAUUUUAUUGUAAAUAUGUUUUAUAUUUUUGUUAGUACAUGUCCUGCUCCCCUGAGGGAGUGUUGUGCCACUCUCCCCAAUUGUUUGCGUUGGUGUGAGGAGUGAGAGCCUUGAGCCUCAGCCUCGCCGGGCGGCGGGGCGGGGCGGGGCGGGCGCCUGGCGACCUUUGCCGUGUAAAGACGGUGACUUGUGGCGCGACAGUGAGUGUUCGGUUUGGCCCACGCAGCACAAAUAGGUUGUAAGUUACACUAAGCAUUUAGCAGCCCAUCCCUCCUCUUACUGCAACAUUCCAUUUAUUGAUUUGACAGGUACUGUCACUGAUCUCUUGUGCUGUUGUUAUGGCUUCAAAAUCUAUUUUUAUCUACUUUAAUAUUGACAUUUUUUCAAUGAAGACUGCAACAGAAUUUUUCCUGGAGAGUGUGUCAUGAUUGGCUUGUUUACACCUGAAGGCAAGACUGUGUCAGUGAAGCUGUUGAUGUAAACACCUCAUGGCUUUAGUAGGCAAACAUGCAUUUGGUACUGAACUGACCUUCAAAUUCUGUGGAAACACCACCAGCAAGCAGUGCGGCGGCGCGCUUGCCUGGCAGCAGCCCGGUGCUGGCCCAGUGCUGGUCCAGCGUCGGGCCGGGCAGUGCCAGGCCGCCGCCGCACACCCUCAGGACCUGAGGCGCCCACACAAGGCCGUGUGGUGGCGAGGCGGCUGGGAGGCAGCAGGGAGGCCACCAGGCCCUUCCCCCUCCCCCCUGCUCCGGACCCCUCAGUCCGUGUACAGACUUCACAUUCAGUGAUACUGUAGUGCAGUCAUCCCAUGUUCCAUUACCACAUUGUUUUAUCAUCAUCAAAAUGUUACUCUGUAUCAGCUUUAAUCAUUUUAAAAUAAAAGACGAGCUUC